AUGGAAACUGAUAUCAAUUCCCAAGACAGAAAGGACCUGGACAAAUUCAUUAAAUUUUUUGCCCUCAAGACUGUUCAAGUGAUUGUCCAGGCUCGACUUGGCGAGAAGAUUUGUACUCGUUCAUCUUCAUCCCCAACGGGUUCAGACUGGUUCAAUUUAGCAAUCAAAGACAUCCCAGAGGUUACACAUGAAGCAAAGAAGGCUCUGGCAGGGCAGCUGCCCGCCAUCGGGAGAUCUAUGUGUGUGGAGAUCUCACUCAAGACUUCUGAGGGUGAUUCCAUGGAACUAGAAAUUUGGUGUCUUGAAAUGAAUGAAAAGUGUGAUAAAGAAAUAAAAAUUUCCUACACCGUGUACAACAGACUGUCGUUGCUGCUGAAGUCUCUCCUGGCUAUAACGAGGGUGACACCGGCUUAUAGACUCUCCAGGAAACAAGGACAUGAAUAUGUCAUAUUAUACAGGAUAUACUUUGGUGAAGUUCAGCUGAAUGGCUUAGGAGAAGGUUUCCAGACAGUUCGUGUUGGGACAGUGGGCACCCCUAUGGGCACCAUCACUCUUUCUUGCGCUUACAGAAUUAACUUGGCAUUCAUGUCCACAAGGCAAUUUGAGAGGACCCCACCUAUCAUGGGGAUUAUCAUUGAUCACUUUGUGGACCGUCCCUAUCCCAGCUCCUCGCCCAUGCACCCCUGCAAUUACAGAACUGCUGGUGAGGACACUGGAGUAACAUAUCCUUCUGUGGAAGAUUCUCAAGAAGUGUGUACCACCUCUUUCUCCACCUCACCUCCAUCCCAGCUCAUGGUUCCAGGGAAGGAAGGUGGGGUACCUCUUGCUCCCAACCAGCCUGCCCACGGUGCCCAGGCUGAUCAGGAGAGAUUGGCAACCUACACCCCUUCUGAUGGGGCCCACUGUGCUGCCACACCUUCUAGCAGCGAGGACACUGAAACUGUGUCGAACAGUAGUGAGGGACGGGCCUCUCCCCAUGAUGUCUUGGAGACCAUCUUUGCCCGAAAAGUGGGGGCUUUUGUCAACAAACCCAUCAAUCAGGUGACAUUGACGAGUUUGGACAUACCCUUUGCCAUGUUUGCUCCCAAGAAUUUAGAACUGGAGGAUGCUGAUCCCAUGGUGAAUCCUCCAGAUUCCCCAGAGACUGAGUCUCCUCUCCAGGGCAGCCUGCACUCUGAUGGCUCCAGCGGUGGCAGCAGUGGCAACACCCAUGAUGACUUUGUCAUGAUUGACUUCAAACCGGCAUUUUCUAAAGAUGACAUUCUUCCGAUGGACUUGGGGACCUUCUAUCGUGAAUUUCAGAACCCCCCUCAGCUGAGCAGCCUCUCCAUCGAUAUUGGGGCACAGUCCAUGGCUGAAGACUUGGACUCGCUACCAGAGAAGCUGGCUGUGCACGAGAAGAAUGUCCGAGAGUUCGAUGCCUUUGUGGAAACUCUGCAGUAA